ACACACGGGGGGUCACGAAGACGCUGAACCUCUCUCCCCACCCCCUCAAUUUCCUCGUUCUUUCCUCGCACACUGCUUUUACCCGCUUUCCUUCAUCUUUCUAGGGUUCCAUAAAGCUCUAUUUUCACUAUUAUUUAGUCCCAGAAUUCUCAAUUAAAACUACCAAAUUACCGCAGAAGCAGGUCCUUGUGCUCUCUCUCCUAGGAUCGAUCAAACACCCCGAAAAUGGACUCCGAUGCGUGGACCGCUCGCCUCUCGAAUGCUUCGCGCCGCUACCAUAGUCGAUCGGAUCUGUACCUGGGAGGGGGUCACGAGGAAAUUGACGGGGACGACGAGUCAAGGGCCGAGUUUCUGUGCCCGUUUUGCGCUGAGGAUUACGACGUCGUUGGGCUUUGUUGCCACAUCGAUGAGGAGCAUCCUGUGGAGGCCAAGAAUGGGGUAUGUCCAAUUUGUGCAAAGAGGGUGGGGACAGAUAUCGUUGGCCAUGUUACAAUGCAACACGGGAAUUUUCUAAAGGUGCAGCGCAAGAGGAGAUUCCGUAAAGGUGGUUCUAAUUCUACAUUUUCUAUAUUGAGGAAAGAGUUAAGAGAUGGAAAUUUACAAUCCCUUUUUGGAGGAUCCUCUUGCAUUGUUUCCUCAAAUACAGAGCCCGAUCCUUUGCUGUCAUCAUUUAUAUAUAAUGCUCCUAUAGUUGAUGAAACUCAGAGUGUCCAGCCUCGUUCUUUGGUGGAAGCAAGCUUAAUAAAAGAAAGCUCAAAGGAGGAUUUCUUGGAAAGUCCCAGAUUCUUUGGGUUCACGGUCCCAGAUUCUUUGUUGUUAAUGAAGCGUGCUUCAGUGGUCAGUAGUCGAAAUGUCAAACAGUUGCUGUUAUCAGACAAGGAGCAAGAGGAGAAGACUCGGAAGUGUGAAUUCAUCCAGGGUUUGAUGAUGUCCACUGUUUUUGAUGAUGAUGACUUAUGAGUUAAGUGGGUAUGCAUAGAAGACAUGGCGAUGUUAUAGUAGGACUGGGAGCCAAAGAUUUAAGAUAGAAGAUGCUGAUGCAUAUUAUGUUACAAGUGCUAAUAGUUAGGGCCAGAGGAACUAUGUAUUUUGUUGUAAUUAGAGUUAUGUGCAUAAUGGAAAGAUGGAAGAACUUACUCCUA